UCUACAAAAAUCUCCAACACUAUAGCUUUAUCGUCAACAAGCAGCGAAAAACACUUCCUCUCAUUUCUCUCACUCUCUCAAAACUGUAAGAACAGAAAAUUUCUUUGCUCGCGUACUCUUCGAUUUUCUCAAUCUUCUAUGAACCAAAAGGACUAAAAGCUUAACUUCCAUUACUCAAUGAUGGCGGUUAGAGCCGUUAACAGCUGCUCCAUCUUUCGCUCCGCUUCGCCUCCUCCUUUCUCCGCGGCGGUUCGGUGCCGAUUGUACCAUUACAGGAACUUGCAGUUUCGCCGAUGCUCCAAAUUAGGGUUUCGGUUCCAUGCAUUCCGGUCCGAGAAGAAGCUUUUCGGCCAUGGCGGUGUUCGGAGCUGUUCGGUUCACAGUCUCGUCGAUAGCGUCAUGGAAGAGCUCGAAUUCAUGCGCAAAAGGAAGAGAGUUUACGCUGCCUCCAAAAUGGGAUUAACAAGCAGUGGAGAGCUUCUUGAAGAUAAGCUUGCGAACCGAGUGCUAGAGAAAGGGUUGCUGUUGGAGUUCAAGAAGGAUUCUGAUAGGGUCUUAUUGGCAGUUGCUCAGAAACCAGACGGCAAAAAGAACUGGAUGGUGUCCGAUCAGAAUGGUGUCACAUCCUCCAUUAAACCUCAACAAAUUACAUAUAUUGUUCCGGGCAUUGAGAAUUUUGAUCAUACUGGGAUUUCAGAUUUUAUUCAGAAAGCACAGGAUAACUUGGAUCCAGCACUUCUGGAGUUUGCUUGGGUUGAACUUCUUGAAAACAAUAAGUCAGUGACAACCGAAGAAUUAGCAGAGAUGAUUUUUGGUAGUGCAGAGCCCCUUGAAAGCUAUUGUGCCCACCUUUUGCUAUCAAAAGAUGAAACGUAUUUCAGUGUGCUGGAGACAAAAGGUUCACGUUCUAUAUAUGGACCUCGACCUACUGUGCAGGUACAAGAACUUUUACGCUGGAAGCUUGCAAAGGAGGCGGCUGAGCAAGAACUUCAGGAGUUUGUACAAUUACUGAAAUCUGCUAAGAACAUGCCUUCAAAAUCUAAACCCCCCAAAUCAUCUUGGUUGGCUGAAGAGAAAACUAGACACAAAAUUGAAUCUCUUGAAUCUUAUGCCAUUGAUGCCUGCAAAAAUGAUGACCAAAAGAAGACAGCUGGGAUGAUCCUUAAGGCAAUGGGACUGGUGAAAACAGCAUCAUCAGCUGUAAAUCUCCUCAUAGAUAUCGGUUAUUUUCCCGUACAUGUCAAUCUUGAGCUCUUAAAGUUAAAUAUUCCUACUGAUCAUUCAGAUGAGAUAUUAACGGCCGCUGAAAGUCUUUUGUCUGAGUCAUCUGAUCCAGAUGAGAUUUACAGAAAAGAUCUCACUCAUUUGAAGGUUUAUGCCAUUGAUGUUGAUGAGGCUGACGAGCUUGAUGAUGCCCUGAGUGCAACAAGGUUGCAAGAUGGCCGGAUUAAAGUUUGGAUACAUGUUGCAGAUGCAGCUAGAUUUGUACAACCUGGGAGCAUGGUAGACAGGGAGGCAAUGAGAAGAGGAACUUCUAUAUUCUUGCCAACUGCCACUUAUCCUAUGUUUCCGGAGAACCUUGCCAUGGAAGGAAUGAGUUUGAAACAAGGAGAGAUCUGCAAUGCUGUUACGGCAUCUGUUGUGCUGCGUUCUGAUGGCAGCAUUGCAGAAUUCUCAGUGGACAACUCAGUCAUCAAACCCACCUAUAUGUUGACAUACGAGAGUGCAUCUGAACUACUUCAUUUGAACCUGGAAGAGGAGAUUGAACUGAAAAUUCUAUCUGAGGCGGCGACUUUACGGUUACAAUGGCGGCAACAACAGGGUGCAGUUGACACAGCCACGUUAGAAGCACGCAUCAAGGUGGCUAACCCAGAGGAUCCAGAGCCUGUUAUUAAUCUUUACGUUGAAAACCAAGCGGACCCUGCAAUGCGACUGGUCACUGAGAUGAUGCUACUCUGUGGGGAAGUUAUAGCCACAUAUGGUUCCCGCAACAACAUUCCUUUACCCUACAGAGGACAGCCCCAGUCAAAUAUUGAUGUGUCUUUAUUUCAACAUCUUCCAGAAGGACCCAUUAGGAGUUCUGCUAUUGUUAGAUUAAUGCGGGCUGCUGAAAUUGAUUUCAGGAAGCCUAUACGCCAUGGGAUUUUGGGACUCCCUGGUUAUGUUCAGUUUACAUCUCCUAUUCGUAGAUAUAUGGAUCUUCUAGCUCAUUAUCAGGUCAAAGCAUAUCUUAGAGGUGAAUCUCCUCCUUUCUCAGCUGGCCAACUAGAAGGAAUGGCAUCAAUUUUAAACAUGCAUUCUAGAUUAGCAAAGAGGCUGUUCAGUAGCAGUCUUCGGUAUUGGAUCUUAGAAUACCUAAGGAGUCAACCAAAAGAAAGAAAAUAUCGUGCAUUGAUCCUUAAGUUUAUUAAAGAUCGGACUGCAGCCUUAUUGUUAGUUGAGGUGGGAUUUCAAGCUUCUGCAUGGGUAUCUGUUGGAGCACAGAUUGGAGAUGAAGUAGAAGUUCGGGUGGAUGAAGCUCAUCCACGUGAUGAUUUUAUUUCUCUUAAGGAGGUUAUUUGAGGGCUAGAAAGAGAUUCUUUUGACUGGAUCUUAUCAUCAUAAAAGUAUUUUCUCUGAUAUUGCUGUGGUUUGUAUUGGUUACAUUCACACCAAUACUAAAGUUGGCCUUUCUUGUGAUUUUGGGAGAAUGAGAAUUAACUUGCUUCAGAGUCUUUGUUUUGACAGAAUGAUUAUCAAGGCAUCAUAGCUUCUGCAAUCUUUGAAAGUGAUCAGAAUCUCGUACCGCAAAACAGAUACAAACAUCACUUUUCAAGAUGAAUGUUUAUGAAAAUCACCACCUGUAGAAGUGACUGCCCAUGUUGCAUCGCAUGACAAACAUACUCUGCUUCAAAUUAUUUUCUGCAGGAAUAGCUUCAAAGCGUGCUCCAAUUCAAAUUGACUAAUGGCAUAUUGAGCUCUGGAGAUUUUGGUCAAUACGUGCGUAAGAUUGGUUGGUCAUUCAUUUUUCAGGGCCAGCAUUUCUGUGUGUUCAUUUUGUUCUUCAAAGUUGUUCCUAUGAGGAGGCAUGACAAACUAAAGUCAUGUAUACCGUUAUAGCUGAUCUAUUUUUGUGUAAGUAAUUUUGUAACAUGUGGUAUAGUUUCCAGUCACACUCUUCCCUUUUAACCAAAAGCAGUGAAAGCAAAGAUCUUUUCAGUCA